GGGGGUAGAGCAUUGGAAGCAGCGAGCGCAGCUGUGAGGGAUGAUCAGAGCGCAAGGACCGGAGUGACGGACGACAGCAGCAGCAGAAUCUGUCAAACGCGGAGGAUAAAGAAAUCUUCAAAAUUUUGGUCCCUGACAAACUGCGAGAAGGCUGAAAGUGGAUCUUGCAUUUGAUGUGAAGAGGCAGAGAGUGCCGGAGGAAGAGACGUUCAUCAAGGAACAGAAUAAAAAAGGAAGAAGAGAACAGCUCGUCUGACAGGAGUUUUGUGGAGAGCUACAAAGUUAAGCACUGAUUUAAUAGCUGAAGAGGUGCAGGAUGGCACAGAACUGCCUGCAGUGUAUGAAAUAUCUCAUGUUUGUCUUCAACCUCCUCUUCUGGCUUGGAGGAUGUGGGAUCCUUGGAGUCGGUAUCUGGUUGGCCGUCACACAGGGGAACUUUGCCACGCUCUCCGCCUCUUUCCCUUCACUGUCUGCUGCCAACUUGUUGAUAGCUACAGGAACCAUCGUGAUGAUCGUGGGUUUCCUGGGCUGCAUCGGUGCUAUUAAAGAGAAUAAAUACCUACUGCUGAGUUUCUUUAUCCUGCUGUUGAUCAUCUUCUUACUGGAGCUCAUUGUGGUUACCCUCUUCUUCAUCUACACAGAUAAGAUUGAUAGGUACGCACAACAAGAUCUGAAGAAGGGUCUUCACUUGUAUGGAACUGAAGGAAAUAUAGGCCUCACCAACGCAUGGAGUAUUAUCCAAACUGAUUUUCGGUGUUGUGGGGUAUCAAACUACACAGACUGGUUUGAGGUGUAUAACACAAGUCGAGUCCCGGAUUCCUGUUGCUUGGAGUUCAGUGAGAACUGCGGCUUACACUCUCCUGGGACAUGGUGGAAAGCGCCUUGUUAUGAAACGGUGAAGAUCUGGCUACAUGAGAACCUUCUGGCGGUUGGGAUCUUUGGACUCUGCACUGCUCUUGUACAGAUUCUUGGACUUACAUUUGCCAUGACCAUGUACUGCCAGAUGGCAAAAACCGACACAUACUACGCCUGAGACAUCCACCCCGUCAUCUCCCUGCUCUCCUUACUGAGAUGUACCCGGGAAGAACCUAUGUGGUUUUCAAAGCAGAUCUUCCUUCGUUCUGUUCUUCCUCCUUAUUUGAAACCACCACAGACAGCCUCGAAAAGCACAAGAGCCCUCUGAAACAUGACAACUUUCUCCAGGCAUGGAGGACCGGCAGCGGGUGGGGAAGUGGACAACUCUUAACAACUCUGAGUACGGUGGAGGAACAUGUGGUCUAUGGAAGCCAAGACUUGGGGGAGGGUCUUCUGUGCUUCUUUGGGGGACAGCAGUGGGUUUUAUACUGUUCACCACACGAUCAAUGGAAGCACAUCUUUGACUGUUCUCUCCAACUAAAACUGUACUACAUAAGAACUGUUCUGCCUUUAGUGCUUACCGUCUGGUUAACCAAAAAGUCUACUAGCUAUCAUAUUACUGGGAUUUACAUUUAUACUGGCUUUGGGUCUAUAUUCAGAAGGUCCUGGUACAUUACCAUAUAUGGUGAAAUCCAUCCAACAUAUACUAAGAUUGGGGAAUAAGUCAUGUCCUACAAAAAUGUGUCCUUUAGCGCCAAACCACCCGAUAAUACAAUUAAUGUGAACUUUUUCCAGUAACUUGAAAACUGCCAGAUAAUUAACUUAAAGUCACAGCCACACGGCUUUCAGUGCAUUGAACUCAAAAGGAAAAGUAUUAGUUUGCAGUUCUCCGCCUUCGGUGAACCAUAGUAUAGAUGUAGUCUACCAUUGCUUUCAGAUUAUUGGCAUUUAAGAAUCAUUUUCUUUAGAGCCUAAUCAUUGUAAUUGGUCGCCCAGCGUAGCCUAAUUCUUACCGGCCAGGCAGACACUAUAUAGCAGCAUUAUUCCUAUGUGUAAAGGUACAAUAGUGGAAAGUUGUUACAUCCACAGCUUACUGCGCUAUGCAGUAAAAUGUGUGGAAAUGUAAAUUUAGGAUACAUACAAUGUCACUUAGGCAACCUAAAGACAUUUCUGUAUGUCCCAGUAGAAGAGCCAGUUGGGUGGACCAUACCAUCUGCUGCCUUCCUCUACAUCAGUAUUUGAGAUUUGGUUUUCGUAUUUCUUAACCCACUUAUGUUAUGGUCAGCAACGAGCAAAUUUCAUGAACUUGGAAAGGCUUUUCUGCCCAUCGUUGGCACGUUCAUAGGAUGUCUGUAAGACGUCAGCAAUCUUGGAGGCUGCUAGAUUUGUAUAUAGAAAUAAUGUCUAGCUAAAGGAGACCUUCGUACACAGAUUGUUACAGGAACUGGUGGAAAGACUAUGCAUUUUGUUGCCGAGACUCUUCUUUAGUGUCUGCCACGCAUUGCUCUGUACCUCUCGCAGAGCGUCACACUCCAUGUCACCUCUCCCAGUAGGAUACUUGGAAGUGACACCAGACGGCACUAUCCGAACACACAGGCAGCUAAUGAGAUUCCCCUUCCUUCUCAAUGUUUCCAUUUAUACUAAAGCACUUAUGGUUCAGUUUAUAACCAGGCACAACCCUGCCUCACCCCGCAAGCAAAACCGUAGAUCACUGCUCCCUGUAUGAGGGGUAGGGCCUAACAUUGGACAUCGUUCCCUUUACCCACAUUGUGAGUUCAGUGAUGACUGCUUCCUGGUAAGGUCCCUGCAGACUCUCACUAUGUUUCCCUCUUUCAGUGUAUAUACUUAUAUACAUAAUUUAUGCAAGAAGUAUAGUGAAAAUUUGUUCUAAUAAAAA